GCGGUGGCGGCUGCUGCUCAGCUGCAGGUUCUGUCAGUGUCGGCGGUGCCCAGCUCACUAGCCUCUUCCCCCUCCCAGCGAGCGUGGUCGCCAGAGAAGCUCCUUCAGCCCUGCUUCACGGGGUCCACAGAGGGGCGCGGGUGUCCGGCGGCGGCGGCGAGCCCGUGGGCAGUGGGAGUUGGUCCGGUGGCUCCGGCCCCCGGUGCAGAAUGGCGACGGCGGGUCGGAUGAACAUCCAGUUGCUGCUGGAGGCAGCCGACUUCCUGGAGCGGCGGGAGAGAGAAGCUGAACAUGGUUAUGCCUCCAUGUUACCGUACAAUAACAAGGACAGAGAUGCCUUAAAACGGAGGAACAAGUCGAAGAAGAAUAACAGCAGUAGCAGAUCAACUCACAAUGAAAUGGAGAAGAAUAGACGGGCCCACCUUCGCUUGUGCCUGGAGAAGUUGAAGGGGCUGGUACCGCUUGGACCGGAAUCAAAUCGGCACACUACCUUAAGUUUAUUAACAAAAGCCAAAUUGCACAUAAAGAAACUUGAAGAUUGUGACAGAAAAGCCAUUCACCAAAUCGACCAGCUUCAGCGAGAGCAGCGGCACCUGAAAAGGCAGCUGGAGAAGCUGGGCAUUGAGAGGAUACGGAUGGACAGCAUCGGCUCCACGGUCUCCUCGGAGCGCUCAGACUCUGACAGGGAAGAAAUUGAUGUUGACGUUGAAAGCACAGACUAUCUCACCGGGGAUCUGGACUGGAGCAGCAGCAGCGUGAGUGAUUCUGAUGAGCGGGGCAGCAUGCAGAGCCUGGGCAGUGAUGAAGGCUACUCCAGCUCCAGCAUCAAGAGAAUAAAGCUCCAGGACAAUCACAAGACGUGUCUCGGUCUAUAAGAGAUAGUGGUCGCUGUGGCUGCCUCCUUGAUGGUUCUCCCUGUCGGAUCUUAUUAGGUAGUGUAUUGGACCUUCCCACAAUCCCCUUGCACAUCAAUUUCAGUGUACCACCUUUACCAAAAUCAGCUUUGUAAAGGGUCUGAAGGAAGUGCUUAGGAUUGUGGGUUUCUGAAUGCAUCGACUAGCUUCACCUUCUCUCCGUAAAAAUUCGUCUCUGAGAGACUGUACAUUCCAAUCAAUCUGAAGCACCCAAGAGUUCUUAGACCGAAUAACCAACUUUCACAUCUCAGCCAUUUCCCCUCUUCUUUCCUGCCUUCAUGUAGUCCACCAGACCUUUCUUAAAGUUUUCUGGCUAACUGUGUUACUUGCCUAGCAAAAAUGUCCAAAUGUGUCUUGUGUUUAGGAAACUUGAAGGAAACAAACUUUUAAAGGUGAGAUCCUGAUCUCUGAACUCCAAAGUAAGCUUUGAAGGCAGCAUGUAAGAGCACUUAACCAUGGCCCUCACCCCAGUGAGGAGCCAGGAAUACCUCCAGAAAACAGACCCUUCACACACACCCCAGGCUAAUUCCCCGAUCUGCGUGUGGAGGGUAGCAGUAUUUCUCAUUUUCAAUGGACAUCUUGAUAGCAUGUCUUUAGGGUUGCACAGCUUGUACAAGUUCCACUAUUGUUUGUUCUCACAAACACAACGGUACAAUCUAUUUUUGUGCAAUGUUCUUGGGACCUUGCUGGGUACUGCUAUCCCAAGACACAUUUUUCCCGCAAAGUUUGUUGAUGCUACUUGUCUCUGGAACAUUCUUUUUUUUCCUACCUCAGAGAUAAAUGAGAUCUCCAUUUCCCACUUAACACAAAGUGAUUAUGCCUCUUUUUUUUCCCCCCAAAUAAGUGACAUUUGGUCCAAUUCUAAUCUCUUUUCCUAUUUAACUUUCAGCAAUAACUGAGCUUUGGCACUAGCUGAGCUAGUGUCCAUCAUCAGUGAAAGGAAAAGUCCACAUUUCUACUCUCUCUGUUGCGAGUGAACAGGAGGGGAUGGUACAGUGUUAACUAGAAUUCCUCUCCUUGUCGGUGAUUUUUGGACAUACCCAGAAACUUCUUUAUGGAGGCUUCUGGGUUGAUAGUUUAACAGGCUGAUUUUUCUUUUGGUUAUGAUUUCUCCCUUAAGUGGUCUCCCACUUUGUAGCAUUUUUAUUUAAGCUAAAACAGAGCACAUGUAUAUGUACAUAAGACACAUGAAAUCUAUAAAUACUAUUUAUUCAUUUUAUAUAAACUAAUGUAAUGGAAAAUAAAUUCUUAUGACUUUGUGCUUUUAUAGAUGUUCUAGAAACUUUGUAUGUAGGUAUCUACAAAAUUGGUUCAUUCCCCCUUAACUAUUUUUGCAUUCAUACUUUUGAGGUCUUGAUGUUUUCAGCCUCUAGCUAAUCUUUUUCAUUGAAUUUGGACCAUUUGUAAAAUCUGUGACGCUGAAACAGAGUGUGUGUCACAAAGUGAUUAGAACAUUCCUGAAAUCCACAGAUACACUGCAAUCUAAGGGCUCGACGGCUGAAUCAGUAGUGGGCAGCCCCCGUGUGCUCCCCUGCUGGCCCGCAGUCUCUCACACACCACAGCCUCACAACUCAUCCAGCACCUCCACCUUCCAUGCAUCUAAAGCAAAACUUCAAGCUCCUUCUAUAAAUGAAGAGCAAUGUAAACAAAACCAGAUUCCUUUUUUUUUUUUUUAAUGAUUCUUUAAUAUGUUUUAAACAUUUUUAAUUGGAAGUCGUGGAUUCCUAAAUGAUUCCAAAGUCAUCUGUAAUUCUUCUGUUUUUGUUCCGUUUUUUCUUCAUUUCAGCUUUGGGUGGGGUGGGGGGAAGGGCAAGUGACAAAAAGGAUUUUUUUAUUGCUGGAAUCUUUUCCAAUUACCAGCUGAAGAUUUGCACUGAAAUACAACUUGUAUGCCUUUUGCAUUUUUUAAGCCUGCUUCCUGAAUUUAAGCAGAGUGAUAGUGUUCAAAGAGCCAGCUCAGCCUGUAACAUGUUUGAAAAAGUUGUAUCUGCACUUUGAGGUCCCUUUUGAAUGCCAUUCGCUAGACCUCUCAAGCAUUUUGUUUAAUUGCUACAUUCAAGCGCCUCACAAGUCCACGCGGAUGGAUGCCGUGUGGCAUCGAGAACUCAAGACUUUGGGAAAAGCUUGUGGUCUUGCGUCAGGGGAGGGAAGGGAACAAAAUUUGUGUACCUGUUUGUUUAAUUUAGAAAUAAGGCAUCUGAGAGAUGCCAUUAUUUUCUGUGUUUUAAUUGUUGUGCCUUUGAGUUAAACUGCAUUUUUGUCUUUUGGUUGAAAUAUGAAAUGUACUGUCCCAAUAUAAAACAGUAAUUAUUUGACCUUUGCACUGUUUGUCUGGUCCUUUUCAAUUUGAUUGCAUAUAAAUGUGGAACUUAAGAGAUCUCUGUAUUUUUAAUACACUUGUGAUAAACUGACACCAAGGUUAGACAAUUACUUUCAAAGCUCCAGGUAGCCCACGUCAGCAUGCGAGGCAGGCUUCUCUCUAACCAAAACUGUAACUUCAGGACCAGCAAACUCAGCCCAAGGCAGCUAAUCCCCUUUCCCAAGUGGCUGAUCAGCAGCCCCGAUUUGCCAAUCUGUCCUCUCUCAUUCACUGAUGCACCAGCGUGACUGUUAAGAGCUAUAGAGUUGAGGUUUUUUAGUUUGUUUUUGUUUUUUAAACAAAAUGAAAAACCUUUCUAUGAGGGUUGUUGCGGGGAGGAGAUGGGGAUGGGCAAAGAUAUAAACCCCAGCCUUUAAGACUUUGACAACUGUACGUAAAUGUAGAUGUGUAUAAAUAUAGGCACAUGCAUAUUUUUAUGUGAAAGUUGAUUUUAAAAUAACUAAAAAGAAAUCUGAACUGCACUCCUGUUGCUACCAUUGCAAUGCAAAUGGGAAAAAAGUCUCUAGUCCAAUUUAAUUUCAUGCCAUGAGAAGAUGUAUAUGUGAGCUGCUUCUGUUCACAUCCCGGAAAACGGAGCCUUCCAUCCCGUGUUGGCUUUGAAUGGCGAGCUAGCACCCAGGGUAUCCUUAUUCUGGUUUUCUUUUGCGAAGCAGAGAUCUUGAUUCUUCAAGGUGCUGAGAGCUUCCUGCCGGCUCCUCUCUCUAGUCACACAUCUAGUGUUCGUUUAGUCAUUCAGAGAGCAUGAAACGUUUGAGCAGAACUCAGAUUCUCUCUCCUAAUCCAAAACCAAAAUCAUUUCAGUGUCAGUUCGGAAUUGAGCAUUAAGUAGGCCCUGAUCCUGCAAUUGAACACACAAGUGUUGCUGUUGUUGUUUUUUAAGGUGGGCAUUCUCCUUUAACCUCCACUUUUUUCAAAUGAAACAAAGGGUCCUGACCUGGGUUUCCAAUGGGCCUCUCUGAAGUGGCCAAGAGCAAAUCCCUGGGUCAUGUAAACUAAGGAGAAUUGUGAUGCUCAUCGUAACCAUCUGGCAAUAUCUUAGGGCUUUUUUUCUUCUUGCCUCUCCUAUAUACACACAUUAUUUAGGUUCUUAUACCAUACUGUAUUGGUAAGAAUUCCACUUUCAUUGCGCUUUAUAAUCUGUUUAUUCCCCCGAAUCUGAGUCUUUUCUGUUCUUAUCUCCCCAAGUUUCUUUGUCUUCCCUCUUUACCCUCCCUGUGUGUUGAACACCAGGUGGUAAAAGGCUGAAAGGCAAUUUCCUGCAUGUCAAUCUGUUAUUUUUCCACGUCUAACUCUUUGAUGCGGCAUGUUUAGGUAGCUGGCUACUCCUGAUUUAAAAAUCCUUCCUGAGAGAAGACGACCCAAAGACCCUUUUAGAUGAGGUAAUUUUUUCUUAUUCUACGUGAUUGGAUCUCUGUAGACUGUACAAUGUUUUGUUUUCAAAGAUAACAGGGAAGGUACAAUAACAUGGUUUAUCAUGGUUUUUUAUUAUCAAUAUUUAUUACAUGGAUGGUUUUCUUAUACUGUAUUCUUCUGAAAGAAGAAAUAAUUGACCAGCACUGCUAGAUUGAACUAUUGGAUGGCUGAAGAAAUUGAGUAUCUUUGUCUUCUGAAAAUCAUAAAAUGAGAAUUAGUAAGGCACCCAAUUCUAAGAUUUAGCCAGACUUUUGAUUUUGAUUUUUUAUUUUACUGGGGGUAGGGAGGGUUCUUCCUUUUAGCGUUUUCCUGAGAACCAAACUUGCCUUUACCCCUUGUCCCUAGAAUUGGUGCUUUUUGAACAUUACUGUUAACCAUCGAUUUUGGGUGAGGGGGCAUCUUCCUAAUGGCAAACGCAGCCUAAACGGGAGCAGCAGAUGAGAGAGUAUGAAAUUUUGUCCAGAUGUUUAUUUCUUUAUGUAAAUACUAUGCCAUUGUAAAUCCUGUGUCAAGACCAUAGAGAAUGGUGCUUUUUACUACAGUUAGCAUAUGCGUUUUUAGAAACUACAUGUUUUAGAGAAACUUUGCUGUGUAUUUGUAAACUUCUGUACUGUUCAACCGUUAACAAAUAAUAAAUUAUUUCAUUAUUAAAGAAA